AUGCUGCAGUCCCUGGCCGGCAGCUCCUGUGUGCGGCUGGUGGAGAGGCACCGCUCUGCCUGGUGCUUCGCAUUCCUGGUGCUGGGCUACCUGCUCUACCUGGUUUUCGGCGCCGUGGUCUUCUCCUCGGUAGAGUUGCCCUACGAGGACCUGCUGCGCCAAGAGCUGCGCAAGCUGAAGCAGCGCUUCCUGGAGGAGCACAAGUGUCUAUCGGAGCAGCAGCUGGAGCAGUUCCUGGUGCGGGUGCUGGAGGCCAGCAACUACGGCGUUUCGGUACUCAGCAACGCUUCGGGUAAUUGGAACUGGGACUUCACCUCCGCCCUCUUCUUCGCCAGCACUGUGCUCUCCACCACAGGUUAUGGACACACAGUACCUUUAUCAGAUGGAGGUAAGGCCUUCUGCAUCAUCUAUUCCGUCAUUGGCAUCCCCUUCACCCUCCUGUUCCUGACUGCAGUGGUCCAGCGUAUCACCGUUCACGUCACUCGGAGGCCUGUGCUCUACUUCCACAUACGCUGGGGAUUCUCCAAACAGGUGGUUGCCAUCAUCCACGCAGUUUUGCUUGGGUUUGUGACUGUGUCCUGUUUCUUCUUCAUUCCGGCAGCAGUGUUUUCUAUCUUGGAAGACGACUGGAACUUUUUGGAAUCCUUUUAUUUUUGUUUCAUUUCCUUGAGCACCAUUGGCCUAGGGGAUUAUGUUCCUGGAGAAGGCUACAAUCAGAAAUUCAGGGAGUUAUAUAAGAUUGGUAUCACAUGUUACCUGUUGUUGGGCCUCAUUGCCAUGCUAGUAGUUCUGGAAACCUUCUGUGAACUCCAUGAGCUCAAAAAGUUUAGAAAAAUGUUCUACGUGAAGAAGGAUAAGGAUGAAGACCAAGUCCACAUCAUGGAACAUGACCAGCUCUCGUUCUCUUCCAUCACAGAUCAAGCUGCUGGCCUGAAAGAGGAUCAGAAGCAAAAUGAACCUUUUGUGACAGCUCAGUCAUCAACAUACACUGAUGGCUCAGCAAACAAUUAAAAAGUAGGAU